GCUGUCACGUUUGCCUACCUACUCUUCCUCGCCAGUGGCUCCUUCAGCAUCCUCUCCCUGAAUGCCGCUCGUCUACCCGCAAUUCUCAAUUUCAACGAUGUCGUCGGCGACAAAGCCACGGAUGCAGGUUAUAUUGGCGAAUUCUUCACCGAACAUGGGUUCGAUUUUAUCCAUGUGCAGGAAGAUUUCAAUUAUCACGCUCAUAUUUAUGCGACUGACAAUUAUACUGUGGGUGCCUUCUCUAAACAAGAGUAUAAGGAGCGGUCAUGGUACUGACGGUGAUAUCAGUACCGCACGGCGACGUCCGGAGAUGUUGUUAUGGGAUUGAAUACGUUCGCGAAUUCUGCUUGGGCAGAUGAUUUCGCCAGAAUUACGUGGUAUCAGUGUGAUCUCGAUUCGAGGCCUGUCUUACUCCUCAAGGGUAGGCUCUGAGAUAGAGUCUUCACCCGCUGAGGGUUCCUCAGCAUCACCUACAUGCAAGUGACCAAUGAGGAUACUGUCACCGUGGCCCUGUACAGUAAGUCGAAAAGUAGAAAAUGUGCAUCUGACUUGGCUCUCUACAGACCUUCACACCGAUGUCGACGACGAAGAAGGGGACAUCGAAGCCCGUGCUGCCGACAUCCAAUAG